AUGCGGCUGCUGGUGCUUGUCCUCCUGGGUCUCCUGAUCCAAGCAGAGGAACCCAAGUGCAGCCUUAUGGGCCGGGCACAGCUACCUGAAUUCGACAAAGAUGGACACUUUGUCAUUGGGGGAAUUUUUUCCUUCCGCACUGGAAAAGAUGGCACAACAGACACUUUCAACAAUAUGCCAGAUCGACGCCAAUGCAAAAAUUUCAAUUUCAGAGAAUUCAAGUUCGCUCACACUGUUAUUUUUGCAGUAGAAGAAAUAAAUAGAAACCCAGAUCUUCUGCCCGAAAUUUCUUUGGGAUACAAGAUUUAUGAUGACUGUGGCACCACGGAUAUACUGAGGGCAGCCAUGAAUUUGAUAAAUGGUCCGCAGAGGGUAGAGAACUGUACUAAUCCAGAUGCUGUACAAGCCAUAAUCGGGCACUCUGGGUCAACACCAACUAUAGGAUUUGCAAGAGUACUAGGACAGUUUCAGAUACCAGUGAUCAGUCAUUUUGCCACAUGUGCCUGUCUGAGUAACAGGAAAGAGUUCCCCUCCUUCUUCAGGACUAUUGCCAGUGACUACUACCAGAGCAGGGCACUGGCUCAGCUUGUCAGACACUUUGGCUGGACCUGGGUGGGAGCCAUAAGCAAUACAAAUGACUAUGGCAUCAAUGGAAUGGAUGGUUUUGCGAGAGCUGCCCAAAAGGAGGGGGUGUGUAUCGAGUAUUAUGAGGCUUUUGAGAGCACGGAUCCAGAACAUUCAGUUCGAGUUCGCCAGAUAGUAGACGUCAUAAGAAACGCCACAUCAAAAGUGAUCGUUACUUUCGUGUCUCACAGGGAGAUAAAAAUUUUAGUGGCAGAACUGCAGAGGCAGAACAUCUCUGGACUGCAGUGGGUUGGCAGUGAAGCAUGGCUCACAGAUGAUUCCCUUAUAGACAGUGAAGGGCACACUGCUCUCAUCGGAGCCAUAGGAUUUACAGUCAGAAAGGCAGACAUUCCUGGUCUGGGACCUUUUCUACAGGAACUGCACCCUUCCCAGUAUCCUAACAGUCAGUUCCUAAGAGACAUCUGGGAAUCUAUUUUUGGCUGUUCUUUGAAUCCACCAAUGGAGAAUGAUGACAGAAAACAGUGCAAUGGAUCUGAGCAUCUCAGAAACGUCAAUAAUCAGUUUACUGAUGUGUCUGAACUAAGGUUCACCAAUAAUGUUUAUAAAGCUGUAUAUGCUGUGGCACAUGCAUUACACAAUCUGUAUACCUGUCAGCCUGGUAAAGGGCCCUUUAUCAGUGGUACCUGUGCUAUACCGACACAGACACAGCCAUGGCAGGUUUUGCAUUACCUGCAGUCUGUAAAUUUGACCAUGCCCGAUGGUGAGGAAGUGUUUUUUGAUAGCAAUGGAGAUUCACCAGCAAGAUAUGAAUUGAUACAUUUAAGAAAUAUCAGAAAAGGAACUACAGAGAUUGACAUAAUCGGCAACUAUGAUGGUUUCUUGCCUAAAGAGCAGCAGUUCAGAAUGAAUAAUGUGAACAUUAAGUGGGGCGGAGGGCACAACGAGGUGCCUGUGUCUGUGUGCAGUGAGAGCUGUCCCCCAGGCACCAGGAAGGCUGUGCAGAAAGGCAAGCCUAUCUGCUGCUAUGACUGUAUACCAUGUCCACCUGGCGAGAUUAGCAAGACUGCAGAUUCUGCUGAUUGUAUGCAGUGCUUAAGUGAGUACUGGUCCAACAAGAAAGGAGAUACCUGCAUCCCAAAAGAAAUAGAAUACUUGUCAUACCAUGAGGUCAUGGGGAUGCUCCUAGCAUUGUUCGCUUCUUUAGGAGUCCUCUUUACAAUGAUGACUGCAAUGAUUUUUUAUUGCUACAGAGAGACACCUAUUGUCAGAGCCAACAACUCAGAGCUGAGUUUCCUGCUGCUCUUCUCACUGACUCUGUGUUUCCUUUGCUCUCUUACUUUCAUUGGUCGGCCCUCUCAGUGGUCCUGUAUGUUGCGUCACACAGCGUUUGGGAUCACCUUUGUUCUCUGCAUCUCCUGUGUUCUGGGGAAAACAAUAGUGGUGUUAAUGGCCUUCAGAGCCACACUGCCAGGCACUAAUGUCAUGAAGUGGUUUGGGCCUCUGCAACAGAGACUCAGUGUUCUUGGCUUCACUCUCAUACAAGUCCUUAUAUGUGUCCUUUGGUUAACUAUAUCACCUCCAUUCCCAUACAAGAAUAUGAACCUUUACCAGGACAAGAUUAUUCUAGAGUGUAAUGUUGGUUCAGCUAUUGGAUUCUGGGCCGUAUUGGGGUACAUAGGACUCCUUGCUGUCUUGUGUUUCAUACUGGCUUUUCUCGGUCGUAGAUUGCCUGAUAACUUUAAUGAAGCCAAAAUCAUCACAUUUAGUAUGCUGAUAUUCUGUGCAGUCUGGAUCACCUUCAUACCAGCUUAUGUCAGCUCUCCUGGGAAGUUUACUGUAGCAGUGGAGAUAUUUGCUAUUUUAGCUUCAAGUUCUGGUUUAUUAUUUUGUAUUUUCUUACCAAAGUGCUACGUUAUUUUACUAAGGCCAAACUUGAACACUAAAAAACACGUAAUGGGAAAAACAUCAACUGAUAUUCAUUAUUGA